GGUUUCAUAAUUGCUUGGUUAAUUUAUUUGUUGGCAGAGAAGUGCAUGCAUGUUGCCCAAAAGAAAUACCAAGAGGGAAAAAGGAAAAAGAGAAAAAAAAAAAUGAAAAAAAGAAAAGAAAAAAGAUAUAUAUCCCGUGUCUCGAGAUAUGUAUCUCGGUAUGUGUUCCUAAAAGACACAAGGAUGAACCUUCUGUUUUGAGGCUCGUACGAGUGAAGGGCCCAUCCUUGUGUUUUUCGGAAACAUAGACCGAGGUACAUAUGCCGAAAAUAUUAUUAUUAUCAUUAUUUUGGCUAAAGUAACUGCUAUUGUUUUUUAGGUUAUUUUUAUUUUUAUUGUUAUUAUUGUUUUGGAGCACAGCUAUUGGGGCAUAGGUGCAUCAUCCUCCCGUGAGAAUUUCCCUUGCGGGCGGGCUUAUGCAGUUAUCACGUUGUAUUUGCUUCAACACUUGAUUUAUUUUUGGUUUAUCAACAAAAGUUAUAUGGUUGCACUUAUAAUUGAUCGGUGAAUUGCAAGGAUCAAAUCUCAAAAUUUAUGCUUUCAAUUAUUAUCUUAAUCAAAACUAAGGAUAAGAUGUCAAACAAUUCUUAAAUAGUGUUGUUUUGAGGCAUCACUUUGAAAAUUUUAAUUUGUAUGAAUUGAAAAAAUGACCUAAUAUAAUUUCAUACUAAAUUUUAUUUAAGUUUAUACAGAUUUAAGUUUAAAUUUUAAAAUAUAUAUUCUCUAAGAUAUAAAAGGGAGUGAUCAUAUUCAAAUGGUUGAAAUUGUUAAAAGAUGUAUAUUUUUUAUUUGUUAAUUUAGUUAAUUGUUUAGUUAAAGUUGUUAUUUGAUUCUUGAAUUGUUAAGUUUAGCUAUGGGUUUUUGUAUAUAUAUUCUUGUAAUCUUCUCUUUGAAUACAAUUCCGUAAUAUACAUUAUAUUUUUUUAACAUGGUGUCAGAGCAUUCUAUCCCACUCUCUCCGCUUGCAAAUGGCGAUGGACGAAGUCUUCGCUGGGAAUGAAAGCCACAAGACCUGCGUUGUCUUUGGCGGCCGAGGCUUCUCGAAAGAUUGCUCGUUCUCCAGCUCCUUAAACUCGGUAACUGGAUCAUAUGAAUCGCCAAUUCCGCUCAAUCUCUCGAGUUUGAUCCGUCUGAGCGCACUUCUCCCCGCCGUUUGCCGAUCGUUCUUUGCAGAUCUACUCUUCGUAUCUUCUUUUUAUGCCUUUUCACCUCUGAAUCUUGCUGGAUCGCUAAGCGUUUUUCGUUUUGCUUCCAUUUUCCAAGCAAGCAUCACUCUUGCAUGUCGUUGUUCCCUGCAAAGAGUUCUUGGUUCCUUCGUCGAGCGUCCUGUCGUCUUCCUCUGCAGAUCCUCUCGCGACCUCGAGUUUUACGACUACUUCUCUAGCUCCAGUGUCUUUAUUCUUAUUCCGGCUACAUGAGGAUUUGCCUGUGUGUGCUCCAAGUGUUCGACAGAAUGACACAAAGGAGCUAGUGAUUCACAUUGCUACGACUUACAGAACUAGAUUUGAUCGAACUGUAGCAGAUCUAUUGGAAUGGUUUGCUAAUGUUCAUUUGGAGAUGUUGAUUUCGCUAAUUUUGAUAGGGAGGAUGUUAUUUGUGUGUUUGUUCGCAUUUUCUUGAGUUUGUCAGAAUUUCAGUGUUUUCGGUUUCUCUUUUUCUGAUCGGAUUUCUGUAUUUCCGAUUGUCUGUUGUGUUGCUUUGGUUUUCAUUUCUGUCUGGUACUAGUGUUUGCUUAUUGUUCAGCUCCUUGUUGAGGUGGUCCGCGUUCCAGCGCCCAUGUUAUAAUGAGCUUGCAUUAUCAGAGUUCGGUUGUUUUCUUU